AUGGAGGUUGAGAUGGAGAUGGAGAUUGAGGUCCGGGUCCGGGUCCGGGUCCGGGUCCAGGUUGCGGUCCAGGUUCGAGUUCAGGUUGAGAUUCAGGUUGAGGUCCACGUUCAGGAUUGGGUUGAGAUCCAGGUUGUGGUCCAGGUUCAGGAUUGGGCUGAGGUUCACGUCCUGGUCCAGGUUCGAGUUCAGGUUGAGGUCCACGUUCAGGAUUGGGUUGAGGCUCACGUUCACGUCCACGUCCACGUUCAGGUUUGGGUUGAGGUCCACGUCCACGUCCACGUUCAGGUUUGGGUUGAGGUCCACGUUCACGUUCACGUUCGUCAGGUUCGUCGGUUUGAGCGGGCGAGCGACGCAACAUUCGCUUCAGAUCGACGGAGAAGAUGGAUUCAUCGGAGGAGUCGUUGA